AUGCGCGCGCCAUCAGCUGUGCCAGCCGUACCUCCCUUCGCUGCGUCACUCUGUGCCUCUCCGCCUGCUUUCUCCCCUGCUGCCCCGCCCCCCAUCCCCAUGCGCGCGCCAUCAGCUUUGCCAGGUGUGCGUGCGGGUGGGCAGGCAGAGCGAGGAGCAGCGGUGGUCGGCGUGGGAGGAGGCGCACGAGCGGGAACAGCACUCCCUCUGCACGCCACAGCAGCCAUGCCUCUGCACGGCUGCUUCCUUCCUCAACUUAGCGCCACAGCAGGGAAUCUUCCCCUCAAGGUGGCGUGCAGCAGCCAGGCUCAAGGUGCCGCUGCUGCAGGGCUGCUUGCUCUCAGGGUAGGGUUGCAGCAGCCAUGCGUCAGCAAGGCAGCUGUGAGUGAAGCGAGGUGGUGUGCGCGCACAUGCAGGGGUUUCUUCCGCAAUGCAUGCCGCAACCAUCCCCACUGCCAGCAAUACCCUAGCUGGCUGUGCAGGAUGUGUGUUGUCGCCACUGCCAGCAGUGCCACCACUGCCACCACUGCCCCAACCGCCCUACUGCAUUGUCACCUCACAUGCUGCCAUGCCGUUCCCCAUCCACCAUGCCUUUUCAUUUCCUCCCCAUCCACCAUGCCUUUUCAUUUCCUCCCCAUCCACCAUGCCACCAUGCCAUGCUGUGCCCUGUCUCCUAUCCACUAUCUCCCCUCCCACCCUUCCAAAUCCCUCCCCAGCCGCCACUUCCCUCCAUGCAACCCGCUCCUAGCCAUGCUACACGCAACUCCUCCUCAUUGGUUACAAUGCUGGCCUUCCUCUCUUUCCCCACCACCCUCCCCAUCCCUCCCCAGCCCGCGCCUUUUCCACCUCUCCCCUCAGGCAGGCCGGAUCCUACCCCAAGCCGGACAUGUCACCCCGUUCCCCCGCAACAUGGGAACGCCGCCCCACCCCCCGCUCGUUACACGCACCGCUGACGCUGAGCUGGCACGUGCUGACGUGGCAACUGCUGAUGUGGCACGGGUGUGGUUGGAAGGCGUGUUUGCAGACUUAAAGGAUGAGCCAGUUUGGUCUGCAUCCAUUGCCCGGCAUCCUCCCUCGCCUGCUCUUCCCCUGCGUUCCCCCCUUCCCUCGUCCCUUGCUCACCCGCUCCUUCUCCUUCUGACAUCUUCCCCUCUGCUUCAUUGCCACUCGCUGUACCAACACCAGCACAACCCCUUGCAUCGCUCUCACUCAAUCCCAUCACAACUCCCCUGCCUCCCCUUUCCCCGCCCCCAACUCCCCUCCUCCACUGUCCUUUCUUUCAUUGUACCCCUGCGCCUGCUCCCAUUCUCCUGCGGUCUCAAUGCCAUGCCGCCUGCUACCACUGGUGCCACCCUCGGCACAGCUCCGGGCUGCUGGGUGGGGGGAAGAAGCGGGAGGGCGUGGUGGGGUGCAGAUAGUAAGGGUGUUGAUAAGGAGGAGUGA